UUGCGUUGUAUAAUAUUGUGUCGUGUUUUGUUUGUUGUACGAAAUUGUCUAUCAUGAGAUGAAUGUAAUCUCUUUAGUUGUACGCACCCGGCUCUGCUGCAAUCUCAUAACUUUUUUUAUCAGGAGGAUAUCAAGUCUUUAACAGUCAUAUAAUAUAUAACACAUUUAUAAACUUGUGAGUCUGUAUUGUUUGAGUUAUAACGUAAGUUAGUGUGCUCUUGUGUUGCGCGCCUCUUUGAUUCAUGUUGCUUCCUGUUUUGUUUUGUGGUUGCAGCACAAUAAGAGUACACGAUAUGAUGCGUUUACUUUAGCCUGUCGUCUUUUCUCUUCCUCUCAGAAUUUCGUCGAUUUCGCUGUAAAUACAACAGAAAACCGCUUUAAAUACACAAUUUUUACAUGAUCUUGUGUUAUCUGAACUUAGCGAAGACUUUUAUAGCUAGCAUGCUAACGCGCUAGGCUAGCUGACCACCCGCUAUCUGUGCACGAUGUAAACAUAAAGGAAACGAAGAUUUUUUUAUUUUAUUGUAUUUUUGUAUUUUAAUUACGUGUAAAUUACUUGAGGAGAGACUGCACAGGACCGAAAACUCUCGGCUGUCGCCAGAAAUUUUCCAGAGAAUGACGCAUGUUGGACGGGCUGUGAAGUAGCGUUUUCAGCAUUGGAGACCAUGGACAGCUCGGUGACCCUGUGGCAGUUUCUGCUUCAGCUUCUGUUGGACCCCAGUAAUGACAAGCUGAUCUGCUGGACCAAUGAAGAUGGAGAGUUUAAACUCUUGCAGGCCGAGGAGGUGGCCAGAUUAUGGGGCGCCCGCAAGAACAAACCCAGCAUGAACUACGACAAGCUCAGCCGGGCUCUGCGUUACUAUUACGACAAGAACAUCAUCAGAAAAGUGAAUGGGCAGAAGUUUGUGUACCGCUUUGUGUCCUACCCUGAUAUAUUGAAUGGAGAUGCUAUGACCAGAACGGAAGGUUCAGAUGGAGGUUCUGAUGGGGCUCUGCCGCUUCUUGACAGACCUACACACAUCUCCGGGGAUAAAGACGGGAAAGCGGCACCAGACCGAGGCGGCGCGGCAUCGGGUCAAUCCAAGUCGUCCGGUCGGAAUGACUAUAUCCACUCCGGCUUGUACACGUCCUUCACGCUGAACUCGCUGCAGUCAGGAACACAACUCUUCAAAUCCAUCAGAAUCGAAAACCCAGGAGAAAAGCUUGUGGAGAAAAAAGGAUCGAUCCAGGAGUCACCCCAACCACCCACAGUCAUUAAAUACGGGACCAAUAAUCAAAACAGGACGACUGCUGAACUUAAAGGCCCACUGUCCACCCGGACAGAAGCAGAGACCGUACACACGGCUUUCUCUCAUGUAGUGUGUAGGUUCGUGGAUGCGCCCUCCGCGGAGAAUUCCACAAUGUCGGGAAUUUCUUCUUCACCACCUCCUCAUUCCCCCUCAUCUUCUCCGAUGACUGAUUCCCAGGAUCUGGUGAUUGACAGCGAGAAAGAGUCCGUCUCCUCCCAGCCAUCAGAGAUUCACCUACAGGACACGAUACUGACCAUCGAGACGUCUCAGUCUCCAUCUCAGAGUAACAGCGGAAAGUCUAAAAAACCCAAAGGCCUGGAGUUGAUGCCCACGCUGGUGGUGACCAGCUCUGACCUCCUCAGUCCUCUCAAUCUAAGCCCCUCCCUCCCUACAGCCUCUCUCACACCAGCUUUCCUGCAGACACCCUUCGUGCUCACCCCUAGUCCACUUCUAUCAAAUAUCCAUUUCUGGAGCACGCUCAGUCCGGUUGCGCCCUUGAGCCCUGCUCGGAGACAGGGCGCACAUACUCUGUUUCAGUUUCCUUCUGUCCUGAGCUCCAGCCAGUUCACCAUACCGGCACACAGUUUAGACGGCACCAACACGCCCGGCCCAUCUCACCCGACACACAGAAGACAUAAAGAGAAAGACAUCGCUCUUCAUCAUUGCCUCGUAUUCUUGAUUGAUAAAUCCAGAUUAACCUUAUUCCUGUUCGAAUCCAAUCCUUUAAGCGUCGGGAGCGUCUACUUGACUCUUGAACCAUCAUGAUACUUUUCUCUCGUGUGCUGAAGCCAUUGCAAUGUAAUUCUCGCAUUUCUCUUUUCACAUGUGCUGGCCUUCAGUGAUUGGCUCUGAAAUAAUUAUAAUGAUGUCUCAAUGGAUACAUCUGUUCCUAAGCGUGUUCCUCGUGUAUUUGUUUUUACCGUAAGUGGACCAUGAUUGAGGCGUAUGAUUGAAUUUGCUAUUGCUUUGUUUCUCGUGGAGCAUUGCUGUUGUACAAAGAGAGCGCAGUUAUGAGAUGGAUAAAGAAGAAUUGUUUUGUACGUAUCAUCACAAGUUCACCUUACCCCACGUCUGCCUUUAGUUUGGGAAAGGUCUCAAACAAACCUGCCAUGCUAACCCAAGCCAAGCCGCCCCUUUUUGCCUUGUGAUUUUGAUAAUGGUCGUUAUCUUGUAACUUCAACAUGCUGCACUUAUUAAUAAAAUGCUCAUCUCAGAUUAAAAUGCAGAGAUGUGGUGAUAGGAAAUGAUUUCACCGUUUAGAGACAAACCUUGGGAAAAUAUACCUAGUUUAACAGGUUGAGGCUCAAACUUUUCUGGUGCUUGGAUCGUGACACAUUUUCAAAAGCCAAAUACCUGGUGACUGCCUGUUUGACGAACACGCCCCAAAGCCAUGCUACCAUUACCAGAACACUGCCAGAUACUGAGCUGAAAUGAUGCUAAUAAUGCACAUGCACAUCUUUUUACACAAGCCAUUUCCUUUUCCUAAAAGAAUGGAAGCCAUUGGAAAAGAUGUCAUUUUUGUGAGAAACCCUGAAAUGUUGCUUUACUGUCACCAU